AUGCCCCGAAAACGACCGAGAAACGUGCUCAAACGAGAGGUGGUACCGCUGGACCAGGACCCCGAGGACUUCUCUAACCGAAAGAAGAGCAAGUUCACCAAGAAGAAGGGGAAGUUCGCCAAGGACAACUACAACGACAGUCACGAUGACGAUACCCCCAAGAGCUUCAAGCGAAUGAUGGCCCGCCAGGAGCGAACUGCCCAGAGCCAGGAGGAGGAGAGGGGCCGAAAGAAGCAAAAGAAGGAACUGUACCCUACCAACAAACACAUUUCGCAUGAGAACUCCGAGCUGCAAAUGAAACCCGGUGAGUCGUGGGCGGACUUCUCUCGAAGAGUUGACGAAGCGCUGCCCAAUGCGAAGCCCCGCAAGUCGGAAAACGCCAAGGAGCUCACACGGCUUGACAAGAAGAACAUUCAGAAGCAGAAGAACCGGGUUCUGCAGAACGAGAUGGACUACAAGAAGGCCGAUGAGGCUGCAGAGGAGGGAGACGGGAUGGAUGAGAAACGGCUCAAGAACGACCUGUUCUUCCCCAAGAAGCAGAGAGAUAAGUCGCCCGAUCCUUGGGCCGUGCUAGAAAAGAAGAACAAGAAGGCCAAGUUUGGAGAGGUGGCUGACGCUCCCCCUGUGCUGAAUCUGCCUCGAAAGCUGCUUCCUAACGUCCCCAAGGCUUCCGGAGACAACGCCCGGCGUCUCAUUCUCGAGGCCGAGCGACAAAAGGUUAUUGACGAGUACCGAAAGAUUUCUCGAAAGGAUGAUCCCACCUAUAACGUGGACUUUUCCAACGCCACUGUGGAGUGA